GGUACUGACACAGGUGAUUGAGCCCACCAUGUUCCAACAACACGAGUUGCAACAGAAGUCGUCACCACCACCAUCUCCGUCCCCGCCUCCAACACAGUCCCUCCCGCCUCCAGCCCGCCACUCCGCCUCGAGAUCCGCCCAGAGUGCCCGACACAGACGGCGGUCCAGGAGUGGGCCUGGUCAUCGGAUCAGAGUUGUCUAACCCAGAUCCGGUGAGCAACGUCGAUCAAUCAACCCUGGAUGAAAUGGAAAGGAAAAAGGAAAGAAUUCUCAUGUUGUCGCUUGCACGAAGACAAGCACAGGAGGAGAUGAAGGCAAGGAAAGAAAACGAAGCAGCCAGGCGAAAAGAGGCGGAAAAAUUAAAAGAAGAAGAAAAA